GCGGCCGGGCCGGGCCGGGCCGCGGCCUCCGGGAAUCAGAAGGCCCCCACCCCCAGCCCCCGCAGUACUACAGGCUUUACCGUAUUUGACAGAGACGGGCGGUUUUAGUCUCCGCUAGUCCGUUUCUCUGCUGGAGCGAGGAGGAGGGCCUGAGCCCUGCUAUCCCGUGGGACCAAAAAUCAUACCAUCCUCAAAGCCUCAUCCACCUGUUGUGGGCAAAGUGACUCAUCACAGCAUUGAAUUAUACUGGGAUCUGGAAAAGAAAGGGGAACGGCGAGGACCUCAGGAGCGCUGGCUUAGGUUCUCAAUUGAAGAAGAAGACCCCAAAAUGCACACUUAUGGUAUCAUUUAUACGGGAUAUGCAACAAAGCACACUGUUGAAGGUCUGGAACCAAGGACUCUGUAUAGAUUUCGAUUGAAGGUCACCAGCCCCUCUGGAGAAUAUGAGUACAGCCCAGUCAUCUCAGUAUCUACAACCAGAGAACCCAUAAGCAGCGAAUACUUUCAUCGAGUUGUCAACGUGAAUGAUGAAGAUUUGCUCGUUCGAAUACUUGAAGGAGGCCAUGUUAAGGUUGAUGUUCCCAAUAAAUUUGGCUUUACUGCUCUGAUGGUCGCUUCCCAGAAAGGAUACACCAGGCUUGUAAAGAUCUUAGUUUCCAGUGGCACAGAUGUGAAUCUGAAGAAUGGAAGUGGCAAGGACAGUCUAAUGCUUGCUUGCUACGAGGGACACCUGGAUGUUGUGAAAUACCUCCGAAGACACGGAGCUUCUUGGGAUGCUAGAGACCUGGGAGGCUGCACAGCUCUGCACUGGGCUGCAGAUGGAGGCCACUGCCCCGUGAUUGACUGGAUGAUAAAGGACGGCUGUGAGGUAGAUGUUAUAGACACUGGCUCGGGGUGGACCCCACUCAUGCGAGUCUCUGCAGUGUCAGGAAGCCAGAAGGUGGCCUCGCUCCUCAUCGAGGCUGGGGCCAACGUGAAUGUGAAGGACAAAGAUGGAAAGACACCUCUCAUGGUGGCUGUGCUAAAUAAUCAUGAACAGUUAGUUGAAUUACUACUUGAUAAAGGGGCAGAUGCAAGUAUUAAAAAUGAGUUUGGCAAAGGCGUCCUAGAAAUGGCCAGAGUUUUUGACAGACAGAAUGUGCUCUCCCUAUUAGAAGAAAGGGGAAAAAAGCAGCUGCCAAAGAGGUCUUCUGUGCACUGAUCAGAGCACCACCUGUCUACAAAAUCCAAGCAAAACAUGAUUGUUGAACAGAGAUACAAGAAAUCCCAAGUCUUUGAGGGCUACAUAUUUAUUUAUUUAGUAGAAGAUUCACAGUGACUUUUUGUAACAGAUAACUGUUCCCACACUGAAAUACAUCUUUUUACCUAAAUGA